GCUUCCUGGCCUGAGUUCAUAAUGUCCAGCUGUCCUCACCAUUGCGCUCUUUGACUCUGUCUGCUUGUUCACCUGCACGCUAUAUCUAGUGUCCUGUCUGCAGUUCACUCGUUUGCCUUUCGCUUACUUGCUGCCUCCGUUGUCGAAGAUCCACCUCUUCUUCAGCCCCUCCACAACCUUCUAAACCGUCUUACGUACCACCACCACCAACAACAUGAAGGCCAUCAUUCUCGUCGGAGGGUUCGGUACCCGUCUGAGGCCUCUCACCCUCACAUACCCCAAGCCGCUUGUUGAGUUCGCAAACAAGCCCAUGAUCCAGCACCAGAUCGAGGCUCUUGCCUCUGCCGGUGUUACCGAUGUGGUCCUUGCGGUCAACUACCGCCCAGAGAUCAUGGCCGAGGCCCUGAAGGAAUACGAGAAGCAGUACAACAUCAAAAUCACAUUCUCCGUCGAGACCGAGCCCCUCGGCACCGCCGGCCCUCUGAAGCUUGCUGAGGCCAUCCUUGGCAAGGACGAUUCGCCGUUCUUCGUCCUCAACGCCGACGUUACCUGCGAAUACCCCUUCGCGCAGCUCGCCGAGUUCCACAAGCAGCACGGUGACGAGGGCACGAUCGUCGUCACAAAGGUGGAAGAGCCUUCCAAGUACGGUGUUGUCGUACACAAGCCCAGCCACGCCUCGAGAAUUGACCGCUUCGUUGAGAAGCCCGUUGAGUUCGUCGGCAACCGUAUCAACGCCGGCAUCUACAUCCUCAACCCUAGCGUCCUCCAGCGCAUCGAGCUCCGCCCCACAUCCAUCGAGCAAGAGACUUUCCCCGCUAUCUGCAAGGACGGAGGUCUGCACUCGUUCGAUCUCGAGGGUUUCUGGAUGGAUGUUGGACAGCCCAAGGACUUCCUCUCUGGCACCUGCCUAUACCUUUCAUCUCUGCAGCGCAAGAACCCCAAGGCUCUUGUUUCGCUUAACGAGCCCUACGUGUACGGCGGCAAUGUCAUGAUCGACGAGACCGCAAAGAUUGGCAAGAACUGCCGCAUCGGUCCCAACGUUACAAUUGGCCCCAAUGUUGUCAUUGGCGACGGUGUUCGUCUUCAGCGCUGCGUGUUGCUGAAGAACAGCCGCGUCAAGGACCACGCCUGGGUCAAGUCGACCAUUGUUGGCUGGAACAGCACUGUUGGCAAGUGGGCUCGUCUUGAGAACGUAACGGUUCUUGGCGACGAUGUCUCCAUUGGCGACGAAGUCUACGUCAAUGGCGGUUCCGUCCUACCCCACAAGUCCAUCAAGCAGAACGUCGAUACUCCUUCGAUCAUCAUGUAAACUUACCUUCGAUUCUUCCAUCGACCGGGUGCGACCGACGUACGGCUUUUAAUCACGUUCUACUUCUUGUAUAUUCUGCGAUACCGAUCUUUCACGUCUUGCGAGCAGCUGCAGAUAGACUGCAGUUGUCAUGUCUUUUUCUCUCAACUCUCGGCAUCGUUCAUCAAAAGCGCGUAGGGCUCGGCUGGGGUUCAUUGGUCAUAGGUUGGGAAGUACGUGUCUACGGAGCGUGCAGGGGUACUAUAUUAGGGAUUUGCAGCGUUUACAUUUCUUGGCAGCAUUAACGACGGCUUGCUGUAGCAAUCAUACGGACGAUUCACGUGUCGUAUAUAGCGAGAUAUAUCCCGCAAUCAAAAGAGAUACCCUGA